AUGGAAUUCGAUAUGAAAGAUUUGCAUACAAUUCUUAUGGAUUUAUUUGAUGAAAAUUCAAUACAAGCUGAUAAGAGUAGUGAUAAUAAUGUAUGUAAAACUGAACCUAUGACAACAUCUGGUUUUACUCAACAAGAAAAAUCAUCGACGGCAAAGACAACACCAACGACAUAUAUAGCUGAUUUUAAAUGUCAACAAUAUUGUCUUGUUAUAGCCAAUAAUCCCAGAUGGUCUGAAAUUUUACACAGAAAAUCAGCAAAUAUUCCGACACAAAUGGACCAACAAUAA